CGACCCUAAAGGUCGAGGGUGUGCCUUCCCAACAUGCUCUGCGAAGAAUUGAAAGAUGGCAGUUGUACGCUCUGCUUGCUGGCUGCGGGUCCGCAGCGGGCUUCGCUUGCCACUUGCGAGUCGGCGGGUAGGUGUGUGUGAAAGGUCACACAGUUGCAGAGUUGAUUCUGGAAAUACAGCUUGCCCAAAGGUUGAAGGAACUGACAUAACAGGAAUUGAAGAAAUAGUCAUUCCAAAAAAGAAAACUUGGGAUAAAGUGGCUGUUCUUCAGGCACUUGCAUCCACCGUAAACAGGGAUCCCACAGCUGCCCCUUAUGCAUUUCAAGAUGAUCCUUACCUCAUACCAGCAUCUGCUGUGGAAUCUCGUUCAUUGUUAUUGGCAAAGAAGUCCGGGGAAAAUGCAGCAAAGUUUAUUAUUAAUUCACAUUUCAAAUACUUUCAGAAGGACAUAGCUGAACCUCAUAUACCGUGUUUAAUGCCUGAGUACUUUGAACCCCAGAUAGAAGAUAUAAGUGAAGCUGCCCUGAAGGAACGAAUCAGGCUGAGAAAAGUCAAAGCUUCUGUGGACAUGUUUGAUCAGCUCUUGCAAGCAGGAACCACUGUCUCUCUUGAAACAACUAAUAGUCUCUUGGAUUUAUUGUGUUACUAUGGUGAUCAGGAGCCACCAGCUAAAUAUCAUUUUCAACCGACUGAACAGUCAGAAGAAUUGGAAGAGGCCACAGAGGAAAAUAAUGAAAAAUCUACGGGGAAGACUGUUCAUCAGUUGUCCACUACUUGGAAGACAAAUAACAAUGCAGAACGAAUCUUUGCUCUAAUGCCAGAGAAGAACGAACAUUCCUACUGCACAAUGAUCCGGGGAAUGGUGAAGCAUCAAGCUAAUGGACAGGCACUAAAUAUGUACACCGAGUUGUUAAACAACAGACUCCGUGCUGAUGUACACACUUUCAAUGCAUUGAUUGAAGCAACAGCAUCGAUAGUGAAUGAGAAAUGUGAGGAGAGGUGGAAUAAUAUGCUGGGUCUGCUGAAACACAUGGUUGCACAGAAGGUGAAUCCAAAUCUACAGACUUUUAAUACCAUUCUAAAAUGUCUGCGAAGAUUUCAUGCAUUUGGAAAAUUGCCAGCCUUAGAAACCUUACGUGAAAUGAAAGCCAUUGGAAUAGAACCCUCGCUUGCAACAUAUCAUCAUCUUAUUCAGGUGUUUUAUCAACAUGGAAGCUCUUUAAAGGAACCCUCUUUCAUCAUCUACAGUAUAAUGGAUGAAUUAGUGGGAAAGAAAUUUUCUCCAGUGGAUCUAGAUGAUGAUAAGUUUUUUCAGACGGCUAUGAAUGCUUGCUCAUCCCUCAAAGAUCUAGACCUUGCUUACCAAGUACAUGGCCUGUUAAACACGGGAGACAACUGGAAAUUCAUUGGAUCUGAUCUUCAGCGUAAUUUCUAUUAUUCCAGGUUUUUCAGUUUGCUUUGUCUAAUGGAACAAAUUGAUACCACCUUAAAGUGGUAUAAAGACCUGAUACCUUCGGUGUUCUUUCCCCAUUCCCAAGUAGUGAUGGCUCUCCUCCAUUCUUUAGAUGUGGCCAACCGUCUAGAAAUGAUUCCUCAGAUUUGGAAAGAUAGUAAAGAAUACGGUCACACAUUUCGCAGUGAGCUAAAAGAAGAAAUCCUGAUGCUCAUGGCCAGGGAUAAACACCCACCACAGCUUCAGAUGGCGUUUGCUGAUUGUGCUGCUGACAUCAAAUCUACUUAUGAAGCCAAACCUGCUCCCAGUUGGCCAGCCAGUGUUCUCAACUGUAUAGCUGCCCUCUUCUUAAGGGCUGAGAGAGCCCAGGAAGCCUGGAAGAUGUUGGAACUUUUCAGGAAGCAUAAUAAAAUUCCCAGAAGUGAACUGCUGAGUGAAUUUAUGGACAGUGCAAAAGUAUGCAACAGUCCUGCCAAGGCCAUUGAGGUUGUGAAGCUGGCUAGCGCCUUCAGCUUGCCUGUUUGUGAGAGUCUCAUACAGAGAGCAGUGACGGAAUUUGAAAUGGACCCAGAACAAAAGGAAGCCCUGGGCACCCUAACUGCAUUGGAUGGUGACAGCAGCAGUGAUAAUGACAGUGACAGUGACGGCAAAUGAAAUAUUCAGUCCAAUAUGAAGAAAAGAGAAUGCAUUGGUACUAUGAAUUUGGUACUAUAAAAUAGUGGACACAACGCUGAUGUUAGAUCAAGCGAAUUUACUGGUUACUAAUCCAUCUAUCAGAGCAUCACUCAAGAGGUCCCAUUUAAGCAGCAGCACUGCCAUUUCAUCUCUUACGCCACAAGUGCACAUCAUGAGGUCCAUGGCUUUUGUCAGUGGAUAAGCCCCGCACACACAAAGGGUGCUCACACUGUCAGCAUCGGCAUGCUGUUGCUUACCAGCCUUUUCUGGCAUAAAUGCUGCUGUUGCUUCUGUGAUCUUGAAAGGUUUUCUUGGGCUGGGGAUUUAGCUCAGUGGUGCUGCGCUGACCUCACUAGCACAAGGUCCUGAGUUUGAUCCCCAGUACCAGAAAAAGAAAAAAAAGUUUUCUUGAAUUACAUCACAGUUGCUGUUUGAUCAAUAGUGUCCCAACUUGAAGAAUAUGUAGAUGUAAUUAUGCAUUUUAGAAUUGAUUAAACAAGAUAAUGGCAGCUUUAGGCUGCACAGCUGGUAAAAUGAAGACUAUAAGUAAACGUAAUUAAUACAUAUGUGUAUUUCCUUUUUUUUUUUUUUUUUGCUUUGGUACCGGGGAUCGAACUCUGGACCUGCACUUGCAAGGCAGGCAGUGGCACCACUGAGCUAAUUCCCCAGCCCUGUAUUUCCUUUUUUGAGACAGGGCUUCACUACGUAGUUCAGGCUGGCCUUGAACUCAUGGCAAUCCUGCCUCAGCCUCCCAAGUGCAAGGAUUACAGGUAUGCACCACCAUGCCCGGCUUCCAUUAUUUUUUUUUAAUGUUUAAUUCUGAAAUAGUCUACAGCUCUAUAAGGUGGGCAUGGUGAUAUACACCUAUAAUCUCAGCACUCUAGGAGGCAGAAGGGUUUUACAUUUGAGCCUGGUCAGGGACCCUGUCUCGGAAAAAGAGGCUGGGAAUGUAUUUCAGUGCAAAAGUACAAUCCCCAGUACUGCAAAAAAGGGGGGGGGGAGGUGGUCACCUACAAAGUGUGGACUGUAGAUAAUGAAACUUUCUAAGUGGCUUUUUGUGAUAGCAAAUGGAAAUAAAGACUUCUUUAGAAUGGGAAGGGGAGAGGGAAGAUUCUUAAUAUAUUUGGAAUAAACUUCUAGAUUCCCUCAGAUUUCAGUUACCAGUGUGUGAAGUUUUAAGCUACACAACAUUUCAGCAGAACAUCAAGAACUCUUAACAAUAAAAUGUCUUAUUACAGUUGUAUUGAAGUAUUCAAGCAAAAAACUCACCAGGAUCAAACAACCUCAAAUGGACUUAGAAUUAAACUCAAAUCUAGCACUUAGGUAUUGAUAAAUGCUGAAUGGAUUUAAUACAUGCUUCAACCUUUGUAGAGGCUUAAAACCUGACUUGCCUGGUGUCCUGAGAUGCAAUUUAGACACUACAUGAAGUACUGGGCUUGGGGAAAAUGUUACGGAUGUGUUGUCACUGGUUCUGUACCCAUAUUCUAUAAAAUAAAGUGAUUUUUGAUGGCAGUGA